AUGGCAGAUUUCACUGAUGAGGACCUGGACAACUAUCUACAAAACCAGGUGGACCUCCGACAUCGACAGGUGUUGAAGACGGUGGAGGAGGUGCAGAAGAUCAUUAAAGACCUGACCACAGAGAUCAGCACCAAAGAUGGCCGCUUUCAGCCCAUCACCAAUUCAGGCAUACAUAGCGACAACAUCAAAGAUCAACCUGCAUUAGUGGCCAAGCUGGCAACCCUACUGCGAGGGAAAAGUGCAAUCAACCCAGCUAUCCAGGUCCUCACGCCGACCUUCAUGCUAAUCUCCGUGCCGGUCCGUGGCUUGACGGGUUUUAAGCAGCGUCGGACGCGCCAGUGGCGCUACUACACCCUGAGCGGGGCGCGGCUGCUGUCCCCGGUCCGCGAGCCCGAAAAACUGCACCAGUGGCUGGAGCUGGAGAGCUUCCACAAUCCGGCCCAGGAGUGGCACGAUGCCAGCGUGGCCAUGGAGGGCGAUAUCGUGCCUGCCAAGGUGGUCAACAUCUUCAAAGAACAGCUGAAGGCAGCCAUCAAAGCCUGCGGUUCAGCCAGUAAAGUAAGCAUACAGGAGACAGGGGGGUCUGUAGUCCGAGUUGCCGUGGAGACCUCUGAGGGGCAGAUCGAGGUUGAGCUGGUCCCCACGGUGGAGAUGAUGAACUGCUGGCCCAGAAAGGCUCGCUGGCCCAGGCUGCUGAAACGGUGGCCCUCUGCAGAGAGGGCUCGCUGCAUCAAGUCGUUUGGAUUCAACCUGAUGGCCACUUCCAACUACCACUGGCUGUUGUCCUUCACGAGGGCGGAGCAGGUGCUGCUGGGAAGCAUCGACGAAGACGGAGGGUGCCGCAGGAAGUGCUACCGCGUGAUUCGUCAGCUGAAAGAGGAGGAGUGGUGUCCAGUGCCCAAGCCUGCCAUUACUGCUUACCACCUGCAGACCCUCCUGUUCUGGACCUGUGAGAAGUACCCCAGCACGAAGGACUGGAAGAACCUGAGAGAGAGUGUUCUGCGUCUGGCCAAGAAGCUGCACAAGUGUGUGAGUCAGCGCUACCUCCGCCAUUACUUUGUCCGUGGCUACAACCUGCUCAAGUACACCAACACCAACGAGCUGGACGACAUGACCAAGAAGAUCUGUGAAUUCCUGAACAGCCCAGGCGUUUACAUCCACUAAGCACCUAAACUCUAGUGUACCCACCAUCUACAGACACAAGCACACAACAUUUACAUCCACUAAGCACCUAACCUCUGCUGUACCCACCAUCUACACACACAUACCAGUACCCAACAUUCGCAUCCCUCUUUACGCCAAGACUCCUGGAGAAAUGCUACAUCCACUGAACACUCAGCCUUCUACACAACUGCUGUCUAUACACACUGCAAAAAAGUCUAUCUUAUCAAGAGUUUUAGUCCUCUCAAUUAGAAAUGAUUAGCUAGUUUUAAGCUAUUGUUUGCUUGACAAUCCCAUUGGCUAAUUUUGGAAUGCGUCAAAACACUCCCCUCAUUGGCAAUAGUUUUGUCUUAUUUCGCAAAAAGUAAUAAAAAUAGUGAUUUAGUCUAAAUAUAAGUACCUAUUUUUUGUUUUUUGCAUUGCACUGACCAUCCUAUCUCCCCAGGAGAUGUGUACCCUGCUGAAAAAAACUGCUCAAACUCAGUUUUGAAACAGCUAGCGGCUGGUUGACCAGUUAGACCAGCUCCAUACUCAAUAUGGUUUGACCAGCUCAAGCUGGUAGCUGGUAUUUCAAGCUGGUCGUAGCUGGAUUUUACACCAGGGUACAGUAUAAUGACUCCAUUAUUCUACCUACAACUCUCAACAUACACUGACUCCCCAAUGCCCACAUAUAUGGGCACUAACCCCACAAUAUCCAUUGAACAUUUCUGUGCUGCCAAGUUGGUGAAACUGCGUCUUGGUGUUCAGGUGAAAGCCAAGCUACAUUUGGCUUAAAAGUGAAAGAUUUCUAGCCGACUAAGAUGUAGCCUGGUUAUUUCCACCUAAGACCUGAGCUGUAUUGUGGUUAACCUAGUCUGUUUGUGUUAAGAUAUCUCUUGGGCUCAACAUCCACCCCUCUUCUGUUCUUUUCAGACAUCACCCAUACAAUAUUUAAACAGUUUUACAUUUAUGUAGUUUAAAUCUCUCUGUUCAGUUGUGUCUGACAAUGCAGAAACAAUACUGCCUAAAAAAUGGAAAAUGUAUAUUAAUCCCAGAAGUCCAAAUGAUUGGACAUUACUGUGGACUACAACUCCUGGUUGACAUGCAGUGCUAGCCACCAUCUAUCUAGCUUUUAAGAAUAGCAUCUAAUUCGUGAUGUCCUAUCUAACCUCUGUCUCCCUGUUGGGUAGCUGUAAUCAUCUGUAUGAAGGAAAGCGUUUGCUCAAGGCAGUCAUGCACACAGCUGUUCCAUUCAAGCCCUUGCGAUGCAAUGUACUUAAUUAAGAUCUCCUUUAAUUAGUGAGAUGCUGUCGAAAGCCUGUCCUUUCUGUGUGGGUUAUAUGUUGGUGGGCAUGUGCCGGUUUGUGGCUCAGGUUCGGGGUAGGCACGCACACAGCUGUUCUCUCAGAGCCCCCGUGGUGUGAUGGGAAUUACUCAGACCGACAGGGCUACUCCCGAUUAACUCGACACGCAGUCUUCCGCCAUGCAGAAAAAAGCCAUACCGCACCCUGUAUACUGCAUUUCUCUUCACUGGUAAGCUUUGGCCUAUAAAGCAUUCCUUAUGAUGAAACACAAUGUGCACUAAUAAUUAUUCAAAAUACGCUCUGUCUAUGUGCAUAGAUGAAAAUGAGGUUUUGUGAAAUAUGAUGCAAAACAUCAAAUGGUAAUUUUAAUGUUAAACAUUGUACAUGG